UUUUCAUCAGCUCCUCCACCUGAACAGAAAUUUAAACUCCCAAACCUCACCGCCAAAAGGAGCAAACUGACGCGCUCCGGCGAAACCACCAUCUCCUAUAAGACGGCCCAUAACGCUCCUUUCCCUUCCCCUCCUCUCUCUCUCUGCCAUCACCACCAUGAAGACUCUCCUUCCUGAUCUCCUCCUCCUUCUCCUCCUAUUCCUCUUCCUCUCCCCAUCCUCCGCCACCACCGGCCGCCUCAUCCUCGACUUCAUCCUCCCAAAAAUCGGCUCCGGCACCGCCCGCCCUUGGAACCUCUCCUUCCUCCCCGACGUUUCUACUUCCUCAAAACCUGGAUCGAAGGAUUCAGAUCUAAUAUCCGCCCUCCCCGGUCAACCCAAAGGCGUUGUUGCCCGGCAGUACUCCGGCUACGUCCCCGUCGACGAGAAGGCUGGCCGGUUCUUCUUCUACUACUUCACCGAGUCCAAGAAGACUGUUAAUGCUAGCGAAAUUCCGAUAUUCAUGUGGAUUAAUGGCGGGCCUGGUUGCUCCUCCGUAGGCUCUGGUGCUUUCCUUGAGCACGGUCCUCUGGUUGUGGCGCCAGGAGGGAAGGCUGUGGCAGAAUCCUCUCAUGCUUGGAAUCAAUUUGCUCAUGUCCUAUACGUGGACUCCCCCGUCGGUACCGGCUUCUCCUACUCCGACACUCCCUCCGACUAUCAGAACUACAACGACGCCACAGUAGCCGCCGACAACCUCCGUUUCUUAGUCAACUGGCUCGCCCGCUUCCCCGAAUAUGCCGCCCGGAAAGUCUACCUCGGCGGCGAGGGUUACGCUGGCAACUACAUCCCCCAACUCGCCCAACUCAUCCACAACCGCAAUCGCGCAGGAAAAUAUCCUGCCAUCAAUCUCAAAGGCCUCAUCCUGCAAAACGUGAUUUUGGAUGCUGAUGAGGACCGGUGGGGAUUUUUCGAUCAUCUGUGGAGCCAUGGUAUGCUUUCGCAGAGGAUGUAUGAUAAUAUAGAGAAAUAUUGCAUAAAGAAUUCGACGAGGAAGGGUUGCAUUGCUGUGGCACAGAGAACAGGAAGGGUUGUUGCUCCGCUUUAUAUGUUUGAUCUCACUGCAAAAAUUUGCAGGUUAUCAGAAAUCACAACGCCAAGAUUGCCUGUUGAUGAGUAUUAUGAAUGUCAAGAAGAGGAUGUUGCUGCCUAUCUCGGAUUGCCAGAGGUUCAGCGAGCUCUACAUGUGAAUCCGUCGAAGGCGCCAAAGAAGUGGAUUCAAUGCAACAGCAAUGUAGCUAAAGCCUAUGGAGAGAUCACAAACUCAACAUUGCCUAUCUUGAAGAACCUUCUCUCAAACAACAUUUCAGUCCUUGUUUACAGCGGCGAUGCCAACUCUGUAAUUCCACCGAUGUCGUCGAGGUUAUCGAUCAGGAAGUUAAAUUUGUCAAAGACAGUCCCUUGGCACGGAUGGUACCCGUCAAAGAUCGAUCUUGGAGGAUAUUCUGAAGGGUACAGUGAAGGCCUGAAUUAUGCAACGGUGAGAGGAGCUGGACAUUUUGUUGCUAAGACGAAGGGAACACAGCUGCAGUUUCUUUUGGGAGUUCACUUGAAUGGUACCUUGGCCAACUCAACAAUCCCGGCUGUUGUGUGAUUAGAGAGAAGUUUCGGUACUUUUUAAUGAAUUAUAAUGUUGAGGGAGAAGAGUAGUAGAUACUUAAUUUUCUCUCUAAAUGUCUGUAUUUUUGUGUUAUAAAUAAAUAUAUACAUAUGAUUUUAAGA